AUGGAGUAUUCGGCUUCAACAAUAAAGCUGGGGUCUAGAAUUUCUUGCCAUUUCCAUUAUAAAGACCAGUCUCCAUGCCUUGUCUUCAUCAAAACAACAUUGAUCCACUUCAUUCCAACCUCUCAAGCUUCAAAAAUGGAUGGAAAGAAAGGUGGAUUCAGAGCUUGCUGUUUUGUUUUUGCUCUUGGGGCCCUUGAGAAUAUCGGGUUUGUUGCUAACAUGGUUAGCAUGGUUAUCUAUUUUCAUUACUUAUUGAAAUUCGAUAUUCCAACUUCUUCAAAUACUCUCACAAACUUCUUGGGAUCAGUAUGCUUGCUUUCACUGUUAGGAGGCUUCAUUUCGGACACUUACUUGAACCGACUGUAUACGAUUUUGAUAUUUGGAUCACUGGAAGUAAUAGGUUUGUCAAUGGUGACCAUCCAGGCUUAUUCAAAAGACCUGCGUCCGGAUAUUACUUGCGAGAAAAGUUGUAUCAAAGGUGGCAUAGCGUUGAUGUUCUACGGCUCACUUUCGAUAUUGGCUAUCGGUACAGGUGGAGUCAAGGGUGCUCUUCCAGCUCUUGGUGCUGACCAGUUUGAUUCCAAGGAUCCAAAAGGAGCAAAGCAGCUUGGAAGUUAUUUCAAUUGGUACAUGUUAAGCACCACUUUUGGAGCAAUGAUCGGCGUCACAUUCGUCGUUUGGGUCAGCAUAAACAAGGAUUGGUACUGGGGUUUCUUCAUGGGAACUAUGGCUGCCAUUGUUGGAUUCAUUGCCAUUGCCCUCGGGAAGCCAUUUUAUCACUAUCCACCUCUUCGGAGCAGCCCACUACUGAGAAUAGCACAGAUUAUAGUGGUUGCAUUCAAGAACAGAAGAUUAACAUUACCGGAAAAUCCCGACGAACUUUUCGAGAUCAAUGAUAUAGACAAAUAUCAGUAUGAUGAAAAACUCCCUCAUACAAAUCAGUUCAGGUUACUAGACAAGGCUGCCAUUGUCCCUCUAGAGACUUUUCCACAGCCAUGGAAAGUUUGCACAGUGACACAAGUGGAGGAAGUCAAGGUUUUAACAAGGAUGUUGCCCAUCUUAGCCAGUACCAUUAUAAUGAACACAUGUUUGGCACAAUUGCAGACAUUCUCGGUGCUCCAAGGGGCCUUCAUGGAUCAACAUAUUUUGGGGAAAAAAUUCCCUCCGGCAUCGAUACCAAUCUUUCCUCUAGUUUUCAUGACAUUCUUAAUACCAAUCUACGAGUUUGUUGUUGUCCCUUUUGCUCGAAAAAUCACUGGACAUCCAUCCGGAAUCACACAGCUUCAACGAGUCGGUGUCGGACUUAUUCUCUCGAUCAUAUCAAUGGGUGUGGCCGGCAUAAUCGAAGUUAAGAGGAGGGAUCAGUCCAUAAAAGAUCCAUUCAACCCUAUUAGUCUAUUCUGGUUAUCCUUCCAAUACGGAAUAUUUGGACUAGCAGGCAUGUUCACCAUUGUAGGACUAAUGGAGUUCUUCUACAAGGAAGCUCCCUCGGGGAUGAAAUCGCUAGCUACGUCAUUCGCAUGGCUGUCGCUAUCAUUCGGCUACUUCUUGAGUUCCGCCUUCGUCGACAUUAUGAACGCAGUCACCAAGAAGAUCGCCCCAAGCAAGAAAGGGUGGAUAGAGGGUGAUAACUUGGACGAGAGUAAUCUGAAUCUCUUCUAUUGGUUCCUAGCAGUUCUCAGCACACUUAACUUCGUUGUCUAUCUGCUUUGUGCUUCAUGGUACAAGUACAAAGAAGACACCGCAGAAUCCGAAACAGAAAGCAGAAAUGAUCAAUAA